GACCACGGGUCCAGCAGCUGUCAAUACACGGUCGCCCACACGGAGGAUGAGAGGACGAAGAAGAAGAAGGAUAAGGAGAGAGAUAAGAUGGACGACCUAAAGCAGGAGCUGGUGAUGGACGAGCACAGGAUUCCCCUGGACGAGCUGUGCAGGCGGCUGUGUGUGGAUCCGACAAACGGCCAUACACCAGAGAGGGCAAAAGAAAUUUUGGCACGAGAUGGACCAAAUCAACUGACCCCACCAAAGACAACACCAGAAUGGGUAAAGUUUUGUAAAGUGUUGUUCACUGGGUUCUCUCUCCUGCUGUGGAUUGGUGCCAUUUUGUGCUACAUUGCCUAUUCUAUCCAAGCCUUACAGAACGAAGAUCCCGCCGGUGACAAUCUUUACCUCGGCAUUGUGCUGACCGCUGUGGUCAUCAUUACCGGAUGUUUCUCCUACAGCCAGGAGGCGAAGAGCUCUAGAAUCAUGGACUCCUUCAAGAACAUGGUCCCACAGUUUGCGCUGGUCAUACGUGGUGGUCAGAAGCUGAGCAUCCAAGCGGAGGAGAUUGUGCUGGGGGACAUAGUCGAGGUCAAGUUCGGUGACCGCGUCCCUGCUGAUAUUAGGAUCAUCUCCGCCCAUGGCUUCAAGGUCGAUAACUCAUCUUUGACUGGAGAAUCUGAGCCACAGUCUAGAACUGCAGAAUUCACACACGAGAACCCUCUUGAGACAAGAAAUCUGGCCUUCUUUUCUACCAAUGCUGUAGAAGGUACCGCCUGCGGAAUUGUGGUAAAAACAGGCGACAACUCUGUCAUGGGUCGUAUUGCCAAUUUGGCUUCUGGCCUUGAAGUGGGAGAAACUCCGAUCGCUAAAGAGAUUGCUCACUUCAUCCAUAUCAUCACCGCCAUGGCCGUGUUUGUUGGUGUCACCUUCUCCGUCAUCGCUUUCAUCCUGGGCUAUUUCUGGCUGGACGCUGUGAUCUUCUUGAUCGGUAUCAUCGUGGCGUACGUCCCGGAAGGCUUGUUGGCUACUGUCACGGUAUGUCUGACACUGACCGCCAAACGAAUGGCCAAGAAAAACUGCCUCAUCAAGAACUUGGAAGCUGUAGAGACUCUGGGAUCCACCUCGACCAUCUGCUCCGACAAGACUGGAACCUUGACCCAGAACCGUAUGACGGUUGCCCACAUGUGGUACAACGGCCGGAUCUUUGAGGCAGACACCAGCGAGAAUCAGUGCUCCGCUUCCUAUUCAAGCUCUGACCCCACCUGGAUUGCCCUUGCUCGAGUCGGUAUGUUAUGUAAUCGAGCAGAGUUCAAAGUCGGCCAAGAAAAAGUACCAGUACUGAAAAGGGAGUGUAACGGUGACGCCUCUGAAUCUGCUCUGCUGAAAUGUGUUGAGCUGUCUAUUGGAAACGUGACAGAUUUCAGACGUCGCAACAAAAAGAUUGUUGAAAUCCCUUUCAACUCCACUAACAAAUACCAGGUAUCUAUCCAUGAGACAGAGGACCCCAACGAUCCCAGGUAUUUGCUGGUAAUGAAAGGUGCCCCAGAGAGGAUCUUAGACCGGUGCUCCUCCGUGCUGAUGCAUGGAAAAGACCAGCCUUUGGACGACACAUUCAGGGAAGCUUUUAACUCGGCUUAUCUGGAACUUGGAAGUCUGGGAGAGAGAGUUUUAGGAUUUUGCGAUUACGUCCUCCCUUCUGAUGAGUUUCCACCCAACUACGUGUUUGAUCCUGAAGGUCCAAACUUCCCCAUUACUGGGCUCAGAUUUGUUGGCCUCAUGUCCAUGAUUGACCCUCCCAGAGCUGCGGUACCCGAUGCUGUGGGAAAAUGCAGGAGUGCUGGCAUCAAGAUCAUCAUGAUCACUGGUGAUCACCCCAUCACAGCCAAGGCUAUUGCCAAAGGUGUUGGCAUCAUCUCUGAAGGAAGCAAAACUGUUGAAGACAUUGCUGCUGAGAGAGGCAUUCCAGUCGAACAGGUGGAUCCGAGGGAUGCAAGAGCGGCCGUGAUACACGGUGGGGAUCUGAGAGACAUGCCCCCAGCCCAGAUUGACGCCAUUUUGAAGAACCACGCAGAGAUAGUGUUUGCCCGUACCUCACCACAACAGAAACUUAUCAUCGUAGAGGGCUGUCAGAGACUAGGUCAGAUUGUGGCCGUUACUGGUGAUGGUGUCAAUGACUCUCCUGCUCUCAAAAAGGCUGAUAUUGGUGUUGCUAUGGGUAUUGCCGGCAGUGAUGUGAGCAAACAAGCAGCAGACAUGAUUUUACUUGAUGACAACUUUGCCUCCAUUGUGACUGGUGUCGAGGAGGGUAGAUUGAUCUUCGACAACUUGAAGAAGUCCAUCGCCUACACACUGACCUCCAAAAUCCCCGAAGUCUCUCCAUUCCUCCUUUUCAUCAUAGCAGACAUCCCCUUGGCUCUGGGUACCAUCACCAUCUUGUGUAUUGAUCUGGGGACUGACGUUAUCCCCGCUAUAUCUCUUGCAUACGAACAGCCAGAGCUUGAUAUCAUGAAAAGGAUGCCGCGUAACCCGCUAAAGGACAAACUAGUUAACGAAAGAUUAAUCAGCAUGGCCUAUGGUCAGAUCGGUAUGAUGCAGGCUGUUGCGGGCUUCUGUGUGUACAUUGUUAUCAUGGGUGAGAGCGGAUUCUGGACCAGCGACCUUCUCGGUAUUCGAAGAAAGUGGGACUCUCCGGGCAUCAACGACUUAAAGGAUUCCUACGGUCAAGAAUGGACGUAUGCCCAACGCAAGAGACUUGAAUACACCUGCCACUCGGCUUUCUUUGUGUCCAUUGUCAUUGUCCAGUGGGCUGAUUUAAUUAUCUGCAAGACCAGACGUCUUUCACUUUUCCAACAGGGAAUGAAGAAUCACUAUUUAACUUUUGGCCUGUUUUUUGAAACUGCGCUGGCAGCUUUCUUGUGCUAUUGUCCUGGUAUGGACACGGCUCUGAGGAUGCAACCUCUCAGGUUCACAUGGUGGCUGGUACCCCUCCCCUACAGUGUGAUGAUUUUCAUUUACGACGAGGUCCGUAAAUAUUUACUCCGGCGGUACCCCGGGGGUUUCGUGGAGAGAGAGACGUAUUACUAGAUUCACAUACUUUCAGACAACUUCCCUUCAUUGGCAAUGUAGGUUAUUUGUCUUUGUACAUAAACGUAUGAAUGGAAUUUGUGCAAAAGUGAUUUAUUUCUAAUGACGUUUUGUUGUGCUUGAUAUUCUUGUAUAUUUUGAUGGACUAUGUAUGUAAGAAAAUGAGAUAAGUGAAAUGCUUUGAUUUGAGAUAUUUGUAUAGACUGAUGUUUUAAGAAUGUUUUUUAUACAGGAUUAAA